AUGGCGGAGCAGGAGCAACCGGUGCCUGAGUUUCCGUCUCAGCGGCUCGCCAAAACAUUGCAGGCAUCCGCGGCCAUUGCAAAGCCUGCGCUGGCAGCUCUUGGCGGAGCGCUGAUCUUCGCCAACGCGAAACAUCGCAUUGGAGAUGGCAGCAGCCGAGCAGCUAUGUAUGACAAUCUUGAAGCCUUUCGAGCGUGGACCCUCGCUGUGGAUGGCACCACCUUAGCUAUCGUGCUGCUUACUGUCACUCUUCUGUAUUUACUCUUCUCCAAGCGCAGCUCGUCCGCCUACAUCGUGGAUUUUACCGUCUACAAGCCGCCUGAAAAUCUGAAGUGCAGCCACGCACUCUUUCACGAAGAGUCGGUGGCCUCAGGGAAAUUCACCAAAGAUUCGCUGGAGUUUCAGAGCAGGCUCAUAGCACGGUCAGGCCUGGGCGAUGAGACGUACCUGCCUCCCGGCCUGCACACGACGCCGCUGGAUAUCACCAUGGACACCGCCAGGCAGGAGGCGGAAAUGGUCAUGUUUGGGGCCGUGGGGGACGUGCUGGAGAGAACGGGCAUAAAGCCGCGGGAUGUGGGCAUACUGAUCGUCAACUGCUCGUUGUUCAAUCCCACCCCCUCGCUGUCCGCCAUGAUCAUCAAUCACUUCAAGAUGAGGUCCGACAUCCGGUCGUACAACCUGUCGGGGAUGGGCUGUUCGGCUGGCAUGAUCUCAGUCAGCCUUGCGAAUGAGCUCCUCAAGGUGUAUCCCAACCAGUACGUUGUCAUCGUGUCCACAGAGAACAUCACCCAGAACUGGUACUUUGGGAACGAGCGCUCCAUGCUCAUUCCAAACGUGCUGUUCAGAAUGGGCGGUGCGGCCAUUGUCAUGACCAACAAGGAUUCAGAGCGGCACCGUGCCAAGUACAAACUGAACCACGUCAUCAGGGAUCACCUCGGCGCUGAUGACGACGCCUUCAGGUGCGUGUACCAGAAGCCGGAUGCUACGGGAGAGGUCGGGGUGGAGCUGAAGAAGAACCUGGUCAAAAUCGCAGGAAAGGCGCUGCAGCGGAAUUUGAGCCGACUGGCGCCCCUUGUGCUUCCGCCUUCGGAGAUGUCCCUGUUCGCCAUGAACUGGAUCGCCCAAAAGGUAGUGGGCAUGAAGGUAAGGACGUACGUCCCGGACUUCAAGACGGCGUUCGACCACUUUUGCCUCCAUGCAGGCGGUCGGGGCGUCAUCGAAGGUCUGGAGAAGCAAUUGGGGUUGCCAAAAGACAAAGUGGAGCCCAACUUCCAAACACUGGAAUGGUACGGCAACACAUCGUCCGCCACCGUGUGGUACUCCCUGGCAUACGCAGAGACUGUGCAAAGCGUGCGGAAAGGCGACGUCGUGUGGCAAGUGGGAUUCGGCUCGGGCUUCAAGUGCAACAGCGCCGUGUGGACGGCCUUGAGGAACAUCGACUUUGUGCACGAGGCGUGGCGGCACAGGAGGCCAGGAGCCAGCGGCAAGAAGAGCGCCUAA